UGCAUCCGCUAAAACUGCAGAAACCAGCUCGCAACAGGCCUCCGUCUCUCCCCGUCUCGAGAGCUUUCGGCACGCAAGUAUGGCGGCGGCAGCGGCGGCGGCGGCACCGACGAGAGCGGAGGUGCUAUCUCUCUUCCGGUCCUUCCUCCGCUCAGCGAGGCAGUUCUCCGACUACAACAUCCGCGAGUACACGCGCCGCCGCGCCGCGGACGCCUUCCGCGAGAACCGCGCCCUCGCCGACGCGCCGGCCGCGGCGGCGGCGUUCGCGGAGGGGAAGAAGCAGCUAGAGGUGGCGAAGAGGCAGGCCUUGGUGUACUCGCUCUACGCCCCCAAGGCCAAGAGCGUGAUGGAGAUGAAGCUGCAGUGAUGGGCGAGGGGGAGAGGUGCUGCGCUCUUGCCAUCUUCCUUCUCGUUUCCCUUUUCGGAUUCGUGCUUGUUAUGUGAUGAUGAUGCAAUUAUAACUGAUUUGUUAUCGUGUUCCUUAGAUGACUGUCGUGAUAUCGAUGCUUUUUGUGCAAUAAAUUUGUAAAUUCUGCUGCCAUUAUAUC